AUGGCGAAAGAUAGUUGUUUGGCCAGAAUCACUGCCGGAGUUGCCAUCGGUGGCGCUGUUGGCGGCGCUGUAGGUGCUGUUUAUGGAACUUUUGAGGCGAUUAGAUACAAGGUCCCUGGGCUUAUGAAGGUUAGAUACAUAGGGCAAACAACCGUCGGCAGCGCAGCGAUUUUCGGGCUUUUUCUUGGUGCUGGAAGUUUGAUACACUGUGGAAAGUCUUACUGA